CGUUCUCGCGGCUUAUAUAUAAGAGGAAUGAAUGAUCGGCACAAUUUGUCUUUUCCCUCACCGCUCAGAGCGAAAACGAACAUUAAGAUAUUCCGAUCCUGUUUUGCAAAUUUUGUUGCAGUAAUUGCAUUAUCAUGUCUGUUCCACGCAGAGUUAUUAACUUUUCCCCAGGACCUGCCAAGUUACCUGAGAAGGUUUUACAGCAAGCUUCCAAGGAGAUGUUGAACUAUGACAAUACGGGGCUCAGUGUGAUGGAAAUGAGCCACAGGUCAGCAGAGUUUUCAAAAAUUAUGAGCACAGCUGAAGCAGAUUUGCGUGAUCUUUUAAAUAUUCCUGACAACUACAAGGUCCUUUUCUUACAAGGAGGUGGCUCAGGACAGUUUGCUGCAAUUCCUCUCAAUCUUAUGAAUUUGAAGCCAGCACGUGUGGCAGAUUACAAAAUUACGGGGGCCUGGUCAUCAAAAGCUGCAAAAGAGGCUGAGAAAUAUGGAAAGGUUAACUUGGUGCUACCUGAAACAAAGAAGUAUACAGGAAUACCGUGUAAAAGCACAUGGAAUUUUCAUCCAGAAGCGUCCUAUGUUUACUAUUGUGAUAAUGAAACUGUUCAUGGUGUGGAAUAUGACCACGUUCCUGAGACGAAUGGAGUGCCACUGGUCUGUGAUAUGUCUUCAAAUUUUCUCUCAAGACCAUUUGAUAUAAAAAAGUAUGGUGUUGUUAUUGCUGGAGCCCAGAAAAACAUUGGUUGUGCUGGGGUUACAGUUGUGAUAAUUCGUGAAGAUUUGCUGGGAUACACCCUUCCUGAAUGCCCCAUUAUCUUUGACUACAAAGUUCAAGUUGGCAUGAAUUCACUUUAUAACACUCCUCCCACCUACAGCAUUUAUAUCAUGGGUCUUGUUCUAAACUGGAUAAAAGAAGAGGGAGGUUUAGAGGCCAUGUAUGAGAGAAGUCUUAUCAAAGCCAGAGCUGUUUAUGACUUGUUGGACUCUUCAGAUGGAUUUUAUCACUGCCUUGUUGCUCCAAAUGCUCGAAGCAGAAUGAAUAUUCCACUUAGGAUUGGAGGCCCUGAAGGUGUUCCAGAAUUAGAAAAGAAAUUUAUUGAGGAAACCCAGAAAUGUGGCAUGAUCUCAUUAAAGGGCCACAGGUCAGUUGGCGGAAUCCGCAUCUCUCUGUAUAACGCAGUGACUGUUGAGGAGACUCUACAUUUGGUGGAAUUCAUGAAAGAGUUCAUGGCAGUCAACAGAAAAUGAACUGUUGUCUUCAUCUGAAGGAAUUAGCUUUAUAUAAUUCUUGUAGUCAGUGGAUCACAUGCAGUUAACUUGCUACACGUGAUGAACUUCAUGAAGGAAUUCAUGGUAGCCGACAAGAAGAAAAAAAGUGUACACUUAAUUGGGACCUAAGUUUUUGAAAUUUUUUAAGCGCACAAUUGAAGGGACUACUUAAAAUAGAUUACGACUGAAAUGGUUCUGUGCUAAAUCAUGCAUAAUCCUCCCCUUUUUACUUAUACAUAAUGGGACCAAGCUGAAGUAUAUUCCAGGAAUGAAGCAGUAAUUGUGCAAAAUUAAGCUAUAACCUCACCAGUGGAUUCACAAUGCAAUUUCAUGGUGGGUAAUGCAGUUAUAUAAUUAGUUGAUAGGAGAAAGCGAAGUAAAAUUAUUAAUUUUGUCAAGCCCAACUUUUAGCUAAGAAAAGUACCUGAUGUUGAAAUUUCCUGCUGAAAUGUCAGGAAGACAGAUGGCCAUCUCUGCGAAAGAUGAUUUAUUUACUCAAACAUGAGCUUUUUCCGCAGAAAAAUGUUCAGAAUUUGUUUUUUAACCUAGACUCAUGUCUGCUUACUAAGGUAAUACAACAAAACAUCAAAUUUAAGUGCUGGGAUGGGUAUACAUUUAUGCUCUUAGGUUCAAGGUGUUUGAGCAGUGUUACUUCCUUCAACACUGUGACCAUGUGUUCAUUUUGCAAAGAGCUAGUUUAAAGCUUCCUCAAGUUCCUGUGCAGAUUAAGUGCAGUUAAUUGGGAGGGGUUACUGCUGGGCUGGAAACUCUUAGAUCAACUAAUGUAUUCAAUGAGAAUUCUUCAAUUAUAUUUUUACAAGCAUUUAAACUGUAUUUUUAACAACACAUUUGUUAAAAACACCCGAGUGUAUAUUUUACUAACACAUUUUUGUAUAUAAGAUAGAGGGAUUGUACACAUGUUAAAGUUUAUUAAAACUGUUAUACAUUGGCACAUUUU